UCUUGGAGCCGGAGGGCGCUGCCUAACCACGAAGUACCGCCGCCGUGCCCGUCCCGGCGUGGGCACCCUGUCCCGCACAGAGACACACCGGGCCUAAAGCCGACUGCAUGGAACCCCUCUUUCUGGCUUCCACACCUGGCUGGAAUGCUUCAGCUGCUUCCAGUGGUAACCAUAAUCGGACACUGGAGGGCCCAGGGUCAUGGAUGGGAAUCCGGACAGUAUUAGUGUCUGUGCUCUACCUGCUGGUGUGCACCGUGGGCUUGAGUGGAAACACACUGGUCAUCUAUGUGGUCCUGCGGCACGCCAAGAUGAAGACAGUUACUAAUGUGUACAUCCUGAACCUGGCUGUGGCUGACGUGUUGUUUAUGCUGGGGCUUCCCUUCCUGGCUACCCAGAAUGCUGUCUCCUACUGGCCCUUUGGCCCUUUCCUGUGCCGCCUGGUCAUGACGCUGGACGGCAUCAACCAGUUCACCAGUAUCUUCUGCCUAAUGGUAAUGAGUGUUGACCGCUACCUGGCCGUGGUCCACCCUCUCCGCUCAGCCCGGUGGCGUCGCCCACGAAUAGCCAAGCUGGCCAGUGCCGCCGUCUGGGUCUUCUCACUGCUCAUGUCUCUGCCACUCUUGGUGUUCGCAAAUGUCCAGGAGGGCUUGGGUACCUGCAACCUGAGCUGGCCGGAGCCCGUGGGACUAUGGGAUGCAGCUUUCAUCACGUACACAUCUGUGCUGGGCUUCUUUGGGCCCCUGCUGGUCAUCUGCUUGUGUUACCUGCUCAUUGUGGUGAAGGUGAAGGCUACGGGUAUGCGUGUAAGCUCCUCUCGGCGGAGGCGCUCAGAGCGCAAGGUGACUCGGAUGGUGGUGGUCGUGGUGCUGGUGUUCGUGGGCUGCUGGCUGCCUUUCUUUAUUGUCAACAUUGUCAACCUGGCCUUCACGCUGCCUGAGGAACCCAUCUCUAUCAGCCUCUACUCCUUCGUGGUGGCCCUGUCUUAUGCCAACAGCUGUGCCAACCCUCUGCUCUAUGGCUUCCUCUCCGAUAACUUCCGCCAGAGCUUCCGGAAGGUUCUUUGCCUACGUAGAGGAUACAGUAUGGAAGACGCAGACGCCAUAGAGCCACGGCCAGACAAGAGUGGGCGGCCACAGGCCACACUGCCUACACGCAGCUGUGAGGUCAAUGGACUCAUGCAGACCAGCAGGCUUUGAGUGUCCCAGGAGCACCCAGGUCCUGCCACACCUCUGUGAUGUUGUCUUCUGGGAUGUGAGACACCCUUGCCCCCAGGUCUACAAGUUGGACUCCUCUUGGGGAUGGUAUGAAGACAGCUGUCUGUGGCUAAGCCAUGGGUCGACACAGCACAGCUGGUGUUCUGUGGUGGCUGACCAUCUCUCUCACCAACAUGUUCUGCCAGGCCAGGGUCUGCGAGUUUGGAGACUGUGUGAUGGGCUUGGCAGGGAGAAAGAGCUGGACUUUGCUCCUGGAAAUAUUCAGGCACCCUCACCCCUUCUGUGGCACAACUCUUGUUGGCCUCUCAGGCCAUGAAGCUGUUUUCCAGGAGAAAGCCAGGCUCUUCUAAACGACUGGUGUGUGCUGUUGACUGCCCACCCUGAAGCUGGGCUGGGCUGCUGGCCCUCAGCCACUGCACAGUAUUCUGGUGAGCAUGGAAGCCAGCCCCAGUCUCUGCUCACAGAGCUCCUCAGCCUCUGCAACUCUGCAGCUGCAUGCACUUUGAGGCAACAGUUGAAGCAAACCUUCACUGGCCCUGGGGCAGAGCAGAUAAAACUCUGGGGUCCUAGUCUGGCCUUUCCCCAUCUUUCUCCAGUGUGAGGAGAGGGAGGCCUUGACCUAUGCAGUGGGAGUGGGUGGGCAGGGCAGACGCAUGGUGAAGACUGGGAAGAGGAAUGGACACACCACGAUGCGGUCUAUUCAGAGUGGCCCCGUCAGAGUGGGCCUGGGGAAGGGCGCUGUGGAGGCUCCGCUGCAGCUCAGAGACUGUGAGGACUCACAAGCGACUGGACAGCCCUCCAUCCACUUAAGGCAGGAUGCUGGGGCUCUGUCCCUGGAGGGGGAACAGCGGGAGCAGGGAGCAGGUGGGACCUGCUCCCAUCGCAAACAGCACAGCCUGGAAAGACCUGCCAUGGGAGAGAGUGCAAAUGCCAAGGCCAGAGAGGGUGAGCCUCUGGGGGGUCUGUGAUCCUGCCUCAGGUGCCACCAGCAGCUUCUCUGCUCCAGACCCAGAAUGUCCUCAGAGCCCCCAUGUCCACAUUUUGCUGGUGUCCCCAGGGCACCUUGGGCUUUUCUGAGGUUGGAGAAAGAAGUUGAUCCCAUUGUUCUUCUACUCUGGGCAGCCCUGCCUGGCAAUCUCUGGCUCCCUAGAAGGGUACAGAGGCCCAGGUCGGCAGGACUGAGCUGAGGGAAGGCUGUGGGAGCUGCCUGGUCUCAAAUGUGACCCCUCCCUAGGCAGAUGCCAAAGCUGUAAGCUCAUCCUUCAUAAUGAGGUAACUUGUGUUCAACAACCUGCCUCUGAAUAAAUUAGAAAAUAAAAUGUUUGAUU